AUGUUUAACAAAGAAUUUAAUUUAUCUUUUCGUCCACUUGUAUCACACUCUUGCAGAAAAUAUGAAGCAUACACUAUUAAAAUUGAAGCUGCAGAAUCUGAAGCCCAUACAAAUAAUCUUAAACAAGAAUUAGAAUUACAUCAAAGAAAGGCAAGUAGUGCAUGUACUGGACUUCAAAACGACACUAAAUUGACUAAAAACAACCCUGACGAUGUUACAGUCAUAAGGUUUGAUUUAAUGAAAACCUUACCUACUCCUUAACUAUCAGCAGGUAUUUAUUACUAUAAACGAUAGUUAUGGACAUAUUGUUUAGGAAUCCACAACAUGGGUAAUGAUAACAUUUACAUAGUUCUUUAAAAUGAGUCGGUUGCCUCUUAGGGUCCCCAGGAAAUCGGAUCUUGUAUUUUAUAGUUUUUUAAACAAAUUGUUAAAACAGAAUAUUUAAUUACGUAGUCCAACUAGUGUGGUGGUCGAAAUCGAAAUAUUAAGCUAUCCUUUUUGUGUCAGUAUAUUGUUUCUAGUCCUGAAUACACAAUUGAGAAAAUAUAUCAUACAUUUUUGGUUAGUGGACAUUCAUACUUGCCAUGUGACUCUAAACAUUUUUAUCUGAGAACAUUGGAAAAAGGUUAUUUCGGUGGCACUCAAAAGAAAACCUUUUAA